UUCUAUGAAACUUAUAAAUGACAUACGUUGUGUCACGUGUAGUUUUAAAGGUUAGGGUGUGUAAAAACAAUCUAUUUUUCAUCAAAAUUAGUUCAAUUUAAAAAACAAAUUGGUAUUAUUGAUAUCGUUACACAUAUUUUUAACCAUGGAAGAGAAGGCAAAUGGAAAGCAGAGUAAAACUUGGACCGACGAAGAACGACUGGCACUUGCUUCAAAAUUAGAUGCAGAAUUAGAUGAAUAUAUUAGUAAUUUAGAAAAAAAGAGUUAUACAGAAGGAUGGCCAGAAGAUCGGUGGGAAGAAGAGAUGGAAAAGCAUCCUUUCUUUAUGAAAAAGGCUCCAGAACCAGGAGAGGAGCUUUCUCCGUUAAUGGAAGGCUUACAACAACUCAAAUAUGGAGCAAAUGAGAACACACCUGAGGAACUUGCUAAUAAUUAUAAAGAGGAUGGGAACUUUAAUUAUAAAUAUAAAAAAUAUAGAUUAGCUAUUUUAAGUUACACAGAAGGCAUAAGAACCAAAUGCAAAGAUAACGACUUAAUGGCUCAGCUUUAUAACAAUAGAGCUGCUGCACAUUUUAUGUUAAAGAAUUAUCGAUCAAGUCUCAAUGAUUGUAAACAUGCUCUAAAAUUAAAACCAAACUAUACAAAAGCUCUAAACAGAGCUGCCACUUGUUGUUUUCAUAUAAAAGUCUAUGACCAAUGUAUCGAUCUUUGCGAUCAAUUACUUGAUCAGUCUCCAACUGACAAAGAAAUUUUAAAUUUGAAAUCACAGGCAGUAGCUGCUAGAGAACGUUUGAAAAGAGACAAAAGAAAACAAGAAAGAUUAGAAAAGAAAUUAGACAAAGAAGAAGAAGAGUUACUAAGUAUCAUAAAAAGUAAAGGUAUCAGUUUGGAGUUAAUUGAGGGGAGAAAAAAUCCUGAUUUAAAAGAUUUAGAGCCUCAAGUACCACAGAUAGCACAGAGUAGGGUUCAUCUGGAUGCAGAAAAUAAGCUAAUUUGGCCUGUAAUGAUUUUAUAUCCAGAAACACAUCAAACAGAUUUCAUACAAAAUUUCCAUCAGGACACAUUAUUAAUUGAACAAUUAGAACAACUAUUUAAUGAACCACCUGAAUGGGACACGGAACGGCGUUAUACUCUUCAGAAUAUAAAUGUUUAUUUUGAGAAUAAAAAUAAAUGCUCUAUACACCUGGUGAACGCCCAUCAUUCCCUCGAGAAAAUAUUGCAAGAUGAACGAUUUAUAGUACGCGGAGGAACUCCGGUGUUCUUAAUAUUCGUAAAAAGUAGCGAGGCUGAAAAACGAUUCUUAGCCAACUACGUAAGGGAAAAGAUUAGAUCGAGAAGAAGAAGAGGUAAACGGCAAAUUGCCAGGCUGAUCGUGCAACUUGGAUCGAAAGACGAGAGGAUCGCGCGCAAGGGAUCCCCCUUUUUCUUCAAAACGGUGGAAAGGAAUUCACGAAACACGGCGAACCAGUACGGGGUACACUACACGGGCUCGUACGCGUACAGCAACGGGGCACCGAGUGUGUACAGUGGUUACCCGACGAACGGCGGCUUCGCCCAGCAGCCUCAUCUCCAUGAAGACUAUCGGCCGAUUUACUUUUACGUAGCCCAACCGUAUACCAUCCCGUAUACGUUCGCCAAGAGGCCGAGACCGUCGUCACUGUCGAGGCCCGGCAAACAGCCUCGCAACAGCAACUGUCGCGUGAAAUUCUCCAAGAGGCUCGCCAACCACGAUUUCUCGGAGAAGGUGAAGCGGGGCGAGUUCUCGAGGAGUUUGAACCAGGUGCAUUUCGUCGAGAACCAAGGGCAAGUGAUCUCGAACUAUCCGAAGGCUGGCUUGCCUCGUGACCCGAGGAUGACGUCGAUGUUUCGAAGAGGUACCAUCUUCGCCACUUUCUUCCUAUCGUUGCUCGGCGGAGGGUUGGUUUGCGCCGCCCUUGUAACCCAACACUGGGUCGAGGCGCGACCACUGAGAACGCUGAACCCUCAGGUGAGCUCCGGACGGGUUCACUUUGGUCUUCUUCAGGGGAAGAAGGAAUUGAACGUAGGCUACGGCUGGAGGACCUACCACAUCUCCGUACCUCAGAUGAUCAAACAAGAUCCUACGGUGAUGUCCUGGGGACUUUGGAUUAGCACGUUAACGACAACUUCGGCGGCUCUUGUCACCGCGGGCUUAGCUGCUCUCCUGGCUGUUUUGAACACGGCCACCUCGCCGAGAUCGAAAAUCCUCUCGGAUCCAGGAGUAUACUUCGUAAACGUUCUAACGCUGCUAAUGUGCCUGGCAAGUACGAGCACAUGGUUGGCGCAAUAUUACACGAAGCUGUACUUCAACGUUCUACUAAAGGAGGACAUCGACAAUAUGUGGACCAGCGAAGGCUCAGCUGAGUUGGGUUAUUCAUUUUGGCUGGUCGUUUGCGCUGGUGUGGUACAUUUAAUCAGCAUAGCAUUAGUCGGCUGGGGCUCGGGACGGGACAAGAUCGAACGUCUCGAGACAAUCCCGGCGCUAGAGGAAAAGACAGCCGCGGCAAUAAUGCUGUAUUGAAUCCCAUCGCUGUUGGGACGAACGUUCAAAGAAAAGAACGGAUCCAUUACAGAAAUGAAACAGCGCUGCGAGAUGUUUGCGCGACAAUGGAAGAAGACCAUCGAACGAGGAAAGCAAAGUACAUUUCCCUCGUUCAACCGGUGUGUUCUGUGAAGUUCCUACGUGUUGGCAUUUCUGUUUAUGAACGGACCAGCGUUAAAUACUCUUCGAGUUCUGCAGAUUUAUACGAAUAAGUUGGAGGUUUGUAAGAUUUAAUUGCACUUAACGCGUGAAACCCGGUGAAAAAAGAAAAGUGUAAAGUUAUGAAAGAACUGAGAACUGAAUACGUUUACACUAUAUUUUUCGAUAAUGAAUCUAAUAUUUAAUUACAGGUAUCUGUAACACGAUUUAUUACUUGUCUCUAUCGAAGUGAUAGUAUUUAUUCGUCGCCGAAUCUUUCUUUAUGGUUCUAACAUUUUCUAUCGCUAUUUUCUCCGCGUGUCUUUUUUAGAUAGUCAUUUCCAGGCGCGUUUAUUAAUCAUUAGAUUAACGUUAGAGGAAUGUUGGUAUGUGUUAGCGUAUACUUUGUGUACGCUGUGUUUUCAUUCGUUCAGAGGAUAGUAAGUCAGUCGAUUUGGUGGCCUUGCAAAUGUUUCGUUUGAGUUUCGUAGGAUGUAAAUAGAAACGGAGUUUGAUACUCUGUAGUGAUUUAUUUAUUAUGUAGUAUUUUAAUUACGAACUAUAUCAUAAAUGUAAUAAAACAAUUAAAAAGAUAAUACGGAUAAGAUGCAUAGAUCUUCGUUUAUAUCAUGAUAAUGAGGUCGGUUGUUACGAUCGUCCCAAAACUGAUAUAAAAAUUAAAAUCGUUGCAUCGAGUGUGUACGUGUACGUGUGGAAGAAUUAUUGAUCUUUCAUCGUAAAACAAUGGUUCUUCUUUGUUCGUUCCAUAGGGAAAGGUGUGUCUUACAGCAUAUUUCGGUUUUGAAAAAAAAAAAAAAAU